AUGCAAAUGAUCAGACGUCUGAUUUACAUGUCGCUUCAUUUCUUCAUCCUCACAGGUCCAGACCUCAAUGUGAGGACGCCUCCCUCCUCCACUCAGGCUCUGACCGAGCAGAUCAUCAACCAGGAGCUGCAAACUCACCCUCAGUGUUUCCCCUACCAGCAUGCUGACUACCAAUCCCAGGGGCCCCAGCACAGAGCCCAGGUGAACCCCAGAGCCUUUGACUGCCCGAGUAUUCAGAUCACCUCCAUCGCUCCUCACAACCAUGUGGAGCCAGGCAACAAUCAGGAGGCUUUGGCGGUGGGCGGCGCAGAGGGGGGCUACCCCGAGGCGUCCUGGUCCAGGGGCCAGCUCUACCUGCCCUUGGACCCCUGCUACCGGGACCCAGCGCUCUGCCCCAGCCCCUGCAGCAGCCUGUCGUCCCGCAGCUGGAUGUCCGACCUCUCCUCCUGCGAGUCCUUCUCUCAUGUCUACGAUGACGUGGAGGGGGAGCUGCGUGACGCCGCCCGCCUCGCCCUGGGGUCCCCUCUUGGGUCACCUCUGGGGUCCCCAGGUUGUGGGGGCGGGGCUUUUGGGGUGGAGCUUUGGCAACAAAAAUACCAACAUCCCUUAGCCUUCAGUCCGGCGCUGACGCCCCAUCAGUCACCCCGCCAGUCUCCUCGCCAGUCGCCCUGCCAUUCUCCUCGCACCAGCGUCACAGAGGAGAACUGGCUGAGCCGCCGGCCCACAUCCAG